CUCCAACACUCCUACUCCCUACCCUCUCUCUCGCUCUACCCCUGCCCUCCUCGUCGCCUUUCGCCGCCGUCUUUGGCUCUAACCCUUCACCUUUCGAUCCCCUUUCCCACUUCUGUUACCAUCAACCCAUAACCCUCGCCCGAAGUCCGCUGAUUCUUGAUUGCUCCGAGUUCUCGCCUGGUUCUUGGCAAGGCCAAGAAAGGUGGUGAUUUCCUGCGCAUCUCCGAUAACUCCCUCCAUCAAAACUGUGAUUUUUCCGCCGCCAUUCCUGCGCCAUUCUUGAAUUUGGCGCAGCGAAGUCGUUUCUUUCGAGGGUUGAAAUCCUUGCAGCUUUGCGCGGCCAAGCCGGGGUUGAAGAAUCGUAGCAGAUUGGUAGUAGAGAGGGACGCCGCAGCCAGUCGAAGGUAUGAUUCAGCUGCUGUUCCUCGUGCUGUUCGCGGAGGGCGCGGUGGCGCUGCUUCUCAUGGUGAAGGUCGGGCCGCUGCGGGAGCUGGCGAUGCGCGUCGUGGACCAGGUGAAGACGGGCAAGGGCCCGGCCACCGUGAAGACCCUGGCGUGCACGCUCACCGUGAUCCUCAUGUCCGACGUUGCCAGCAUCCUCAAGAUCCAGAACAGGGGGCUCAAGCUCGGCUCCGUCAGCCCCAUGGACCAGGUGCUCUGGAGGACGCACCUCCUCGAGGCAUCCCUCAUUGGAUACACUCUAUUCCUUGCAUUUGUAAUCGACCGGCUGCACCACUACCUGCGAAAGCUCAUGACGCUGAGGAAAACGUCCAGCACAUCAAGGGAGGAGGUCGAGAAACUUCAGAUGGAGAACCAAUCCCUCCGUGAAAAGGAGGGCAACUCCUCCGGUGAAAUGAAGAAGCUCCAGCGGGAGAUUGCAAAGCUGAACGAGAGCAUGAAGAAGCUGAAAUUCGAGAACGAAGAACACGAGAGGAAGGCAUCGGCAGCGGAGGCCCAUGUGAACGCUCUGCAGAAGCAGUCGGAGGAGCUGCUCCUUGAGUACGACCGGUUGCUGGAAGACAACCAGAUCCUGCAGACUCAGCUACUUAGCAGAGGCUGAGGUAUAAGCUGGUCCAUGCAGCUUCAGUUAUUCAUUAGCAAGACUCCUACCAGAUGGCGUCAGAGAGCCAAGCACUUCCCUGUUUCCAAUGAAGAAUUAUGUGAUUCUCGGGGUCCAUGCUGUUCCUAACUUAUGAUCUUGGUGCAAGGAUGGAGUGUAUUUAGAGUUCUUGUUUCUUCCUCUCUUUUUUUCUUUUUUGUAUGGAGGUAUUUUAAGAGCUAGGGGUGAUGAUGCGAUGGGGCAUGAGGUUAACCAGAAUGUGGUUGGAUAAUGUUGAACUGUGAUGUGUGCCGAACCCCAUGCCAUGCACCAACCAAGCUGUGAUUUGAGGGCGAA